UCCUGGCUAGCAGCUGACAUCUGAACAGGUGUCAGGAUGUUGAGCUGGGUCCAGAAGGUGCUGCCUCAGCCUCCGGGGCCCCCUCAGAAGACCGACGAGGGAGCAGGACCACAGCCAGAACCAGAGUUGGAACCUGAAGCAAAACCAGAACCUGAGCCGGAGCCUGAGCCGGAACCAGAGCCGGAACCUGAAACAGCCCCUGAAGAGGCUGCGCCAGAGGUCCAGAGCCUGCCACCUGAGGAGCCAGUGAAAGGGGACGACGUGGUUGAGACAGGCCCUAGUCUUCAAGAGGCCCAGGAAGCUGAUCCUCCUCAGCCCACCUUCCAGACCCAGACUGAUGUUGCCACGGUAAACAGCCCUAGGACCUGGAUGCUGAGCUGGUUCUGGAAGGGCAUGGAGAAGGUUGUGCCACAGCCCGUCUGUAGCAGCGGCUUGGGAGACCCGGAUCAGGUGCAAGGGCAGGGUGACCCGAGGCAGGGUGGAGCACAGAUCCGGGGGCCCUGUGGCACUGGGAACCCAGGGUCGGCUGAUGGCUCAGAUGAAGCUCAAGACACUGAGCCCAGCCUGUGGCUGCUCAGGUGGCUUGAGCAGAACCUGGAGAAAGUGCUGCCUCAGCCCCCUACACCCUCUCAGGCCUGGAAAGCUGAACCCGAGGCUGUUGUCUUGGACCCAGAUCCUCCAGAACCCCCACUGGAGAUGGAGCCCACAGAGAGCUCCUCCCAGCCUAAUCCUGGAACCCUGAAACCUGAGGAGGAGCCUGCAGCAGAGCCCCAGCCUGGCUUCCAAGCCUCUUCCCUGCCACCACCUGGAGACCCUGUCAGGUUGAUCGAGUGGCUCCUACACAGGCUGGAGAUGGCCCUGCCACAGCCCGUGUUCCACGGGAAAGCCACGGAGCAAGAGCCUGGAUGCCCUGUUACGUGUGAUGUACAGACCAUCAGCAUCCUCCCGGUGGAACAGGUGGAGCAAGAUCUUAUCCUGGAGGAGGUGGACCCUUGCUGGGAGGACACCCAGCAGGAGGACAGUGCCAGCCUGCAGGAGACAGAGAUGGUUCUGGUUUAUGAAGAAGAGAGUGAGGCCAUGGUGGAGAUGCCCAGGGAGAUGCCACUGAUUGAAGAGGAAAGAGAAGAGGAGGAAGAAGAGGAGGAGGAAGAGGAGGAAGAGGAGGAGGAGGAAAAGGAUGUCCUGCUGGAUAGCUGUUUGGUGGUACAGGCUGAUGAGGACCAGUGCCAGCUAGGCAGGACACAGCCACAGAUAGAAUCACUCCAGAAGCAGCAGGAGGAGGAGGAAGAAGAAAAGCAGGAGGAGGAAGAAGAGAAGGAAGAGGAGGAGGAGGAGGAAGAGGAGAAGCAGCAGGAGGAGAAGAAGGACGAGAAGCAAGAGGAAGAAGAGCAGGAGGAGGAGAAGCAGGAGGAGGAACAGAAGCAGGAGGAGGAGGCCACAAACUCAGCAGUACCAGCCACGAAAGAGCACCCAGAGCUCCAGGUGGAAGACACAGAUGCUGACAGGGGACCCCUCAUCCCAGAGGAGAAGUUCUCUUCACCGGAGAGACCACUGCCGGCUCCUGACCAAUCAGACACCCUCGCUGUUCCGGGCUCUGCCGCAGCUGCCCAAAGGAAGAAGCUACCUUCUCAGGAUGAUGAAGCCGAAGAGCUCAAGGCCCUGUCACCAGCUGAGUCCCCAGUGGUUGCCUGGUCAGACCCGACCACCCCACAGGAGGCUGAUGGCCAGGACCGUGCAGCCUCCACAGCCAGCCAGAACAGCGCCAUCAUCAAUGACCGUCUCCAGGAGCUGGUGAAGAUGUUCAAGGAGCGGACAGAGAAGGUCAAGGAGAAGCUCAUUGAGCCUGAUGUCACCUCUGAUGAGGAGAGCCCCAAGCCCUCCCCAGCCAAGAAGGCCCCAGAAGCAGCCCCAGCCCCGAAGCCCGUGGAGGCAGAGGCGGCAGAGGAGGAGCACUACUGCGACAUGCUUUGCUGCAAGUUCAAGCGCAGGCCUUGGAAGACGUACCAGUUCCCGCAGAGCAUCGACCCUCUGACCAACCUCAUGUACAUCCUGUGGCUGUUCUUUGUGGUGCUGGCCUGGAACUGGAACUGCUGGCUGAUUCCCGUGCGCUGGGCCUUCCCGUACCAGCAGCCAGACAACAUCCACCUCUGGCUACUUAUGGACUACCUGUGCGACUUCAUCUACCUCCUGGACAUCACUGUGUUCCAGAUGCGCCUGCAGUUUGUCAAAGGCGGGGACAUCAUUACAGACAAAAAGGAGAUGCGUGGCAACUACCUGAAGUCUCGCCGGUUUAAGAUGGACCUGAUCUGCCUGCUGCCCCUGGACUUCCUCUACUUGAAAUUUGGUGUGAACCCCCUCCUUCGCCUGCCCCGCUGCCUGAAGUACAUGGCCUUCUUCGAGUUUAAUAAUCGCCUGGAAGCCAUCCUCAGCAAAGCCUACGUUUACAGGGUCAUCAGGACCACUGCCUACCUGCUGUACAGCUUGCACCUCAACUCCUGUCUUUAUUACUGGGCAUCAGCCUUCCAGGGCAUCGGGUCCACUCACUGGGUUUACGAUGGCGUGGGGAACAGUUACAUUCGAUGCUACUACUGGGCUGUGAAAACUCUCAUCACCAUCGGAGGGCUGCCUGACCCCCAGACACUCUUUGAAAUUGUCUUCCAGCUGCUGAACUAUUUCACAGGCGUCUUCGCUUUCUCCGUGAUGAUUGGGCAGAUGAGAGAUGUGGUGGGGGCUGCCACAGCGGGGCAGACCUACUACCGAAGCUGCAUGGACAGCACGGUGAAGUACAUGAACUUCUACAGGAUCCCCAGGUCUGUGCAGAACCGCGUCAAGACCUGGUACGAGUACACCUGGCAUUCACAAGGCAUGCUGGACGAGUCAGAGCUGAUGGUGCAGCUUCCAGACAAGAUGCGACUGGACCUGGCCAUUGACGUAAACUACAACAUUGUCAGCAAAGUGGCGCUCUUCCAGGGCUGUGACCGCCAGAUGAUCUUCGACAUGCUCAAGCGCCUUCGCUCCGUCGUCUACCUGCCCAACGACUAUGUGUGCAAGAAGGGGGAGAUUGGCCGAGAGAUGUAUAUUAUUCAGGCCGGGCAGGUGCAGGUGCUGGGCGGCCCGGAUGGGAAGGCUGUACUGGUGACACUCAAAGCCGGGUCCGUGUUUGGAGAGAUAAGCUUGCUGGCUGUCGGGGGUGGGAACCGGCGCACGGCCAACGUGGUGGCCCACGGGUUCACGAACCUCUUCAUUCUGGACAAGAAGGACUUGAAUGAAAUUUUGGUGCAUUAUCCCGAAUCUCAGAAGUUGCUCCGGAAGAAGGCCAGGCGCAUGCUGAGAAACAACAACAAGCCAAAGGAGGAGAAGAGUGUGCUCAUCCUGCCCCCGAGGGCAGGCACCCCGAAGCUCUUCAAUGCAGCCCUCGCUGCAGCAGGAAAGAUGGGCGCCAAGGGGGCCAAGGGCGGCAAGCUGGCCCACCUGAGAGCCAGGCUCAAGGAACUGGCUGCGCUGGAGGCAGCCGCUCGACAGCAGCAGCUGCUGGAACAGGCCAAGAGGGCUCAGGAAGCCGGGGGAGAGGAGGGCUCCGGAGCCGCAGACCAACCCGCGCCCCAGGAACCUCCAGAGCCCAAGGAGCCCCCAGCCCCAAGCUCUCCCCCGCCAGCCCCGGAGAAGCCUGAGGGAGGCACGGAGGAGGCAGCUGGGCCCUCGGAGCCCUCCGUGAAGAUCCGUGUGAGCCCGGGCCCGGAUCCCGGGGAGCAGACGCUGUCAGUGGAGAUGCUGGCGGAGAAGAAGGAGGAGGCGGAGUGAGGCUCCUUCAGCGCCCCAGGAACCCUAUGAUCCCAUCCCCCGGUGGGCGCCCAGCGGCCUCGCCAAGCUUCCUAGCCCCCGGGCACCUCCCCACAGGCUUGUUGUGGAAACCCUCAAAUUUCAUCAGAUGGUGGUGGUGUACUUGAACUCCUACCAUCCCUGGAACACCCUGCCUCCCUCCCACAGCUGCUGUUCUCAAGAAGAAAACUGCCUUGCACUUUUAAGAUUUUUAAAGGAGGGAAUAGAACAGAGUUCCGACAUCAAGGACAGCUCUACCAAAAAAAAAAUCAAGGAUUGGUGAUAUGGCAAAGGCCCCACCAGUACCCACCUUUGGUUAAAUGAUAGGGAAGAGCUGAACUGGGGGCGCGCACUUGCAAACCCAGUGUUGGGUAGGCUGAGUCGGGAGGGUCCUGGGUUCAAAGUCAGCCAGGGCUACUUAGUGAGAGUCUGCCUGAAGACAAACCGAUAGCCAAACAGCUUGGGAGUUCCCAAGCGCCGCUCAGCCAGUGGCUCUCAACCUGUGGGCCGUGAU